AUGGCAAUAUUAAUUAGGGUAUCCGAUGAAAUAGAAAUUAUCACAUUGCUAACCCAUGUAGGUUCCCAAAUACAUCUCACAUCUGCGGUCAUUUUCACAUUACCUUCUUCUUCCAUGUGUCAACUGCGUAUGGCAGCCAAAUCAUUGGGCAACAUCUGGAAGAAACAAAAGUUUGAAAGUUAA